AUGACAGAUUGUGGUAAAGAUCAGGAGGCUCAGACUAGAUCUGAGUCUGAGGAUAAGGAGUUGAAAGAGAGACCCAAGGUCAAACUGCCUCUGGUGCCCACCAUGCCUGGCAAUGCCUGGUCGCAGAUGAGGGCUCGUGAGCAAGAACGUAUUCGUGAAAGGGAGCUGCAUAAGUUGGAGUUUGGUGAGUUGGGGUAUGACCCUAAUACCGGUAUGUUAUGUCUUCCCUCUAUUUUCGCUGUUGGCUUGACUUUUCUGAAAUCUAGUACAAUGAGGAAAUCGUCUGGACUAGAUUACGACGAGGCUCUCGCCCUCCCGAUGCCUAAGCCCCGUCUUAUAGGUGUCAGUAGUUCUGCUCCUGUGCUUGAGCCGACGGUUUCAAAGCCAAAUGUCCUCACAAAGUUGAGUGGUUUGAAGAGACAGGGCGCUACGGAGCCCCAUCCUGGUGAUAAGGGUGCGGAUACAAAGGUUGAAGGUGAAAAGAAAAAGUCCAUGAUCGCGACGCUGAGAUCGAGACUCAGCUUCAAGGAGCUUGGUAAGGAGUUUCGUAAAGCUCAAGAUCCUCCACUUAGCACUAUGCCUCGACUGCCACCGAGUGUUGGAAUUCCACAGGUCGAAAAGAUCAAACAAUCGCCGCCUGGGUCUUUUGACUUCGAUGAGGAAAGGCUAUAUAUCCCCAAGCGCAGAGAUCCUGGAGUGCACCCUGCAUCUGCUCCAGUCCAGGCCACUAGGUUUUCGGACCCAGGUAGCUUCGAGAGCUCUAAACAGAGCACCUCAUCCUGCCCUGCACAGCAGGCUAAGGGUGAUGGCAAGCUUGAUGCAAUAACUCUUAAAGACACACAGAAACAACAUCGGCCUUAUCACAAAGUGGGAAACGUGGAGCCUAUGACACGCCUUGACACUGUCCUGAUUGACGGCUCAUCUCCUCUAGCUAGCACAGGCGAUACCAGCAGGAGCCACCCGGCGGUUGUCGAUGCGGAACAACGCUAUAUCAGUAUGAAGGUGGAUAUCGAACCAUCAGUUCCCUCUAAGUCAAAUACUGAUGCCACCUCUAUUAUGAGUCCAGCUUCAACAUCCAACGAACCAAAAGGUGUUGCACCAAUGUCCUCGCCGUGCGAACGCAAACAGAGCAAGGUGGAGAAAAGUCGUCCGCUAGUCGUCUCAUCGGAUCAGCAGAGGCCACUGUCUGUCAGAACACAGGACCAAACUGAAGUAACUACUCCGUCCGGACAGUACAACAGGCGCUCAUCCACUAGAUCACGGGAGCAACAAGCCUCAACCCCUGGACAGGCUGAACCUGUUUUCGACCCAACACAUAUGAGGAUGCCCUUCGAUCCUCAGCUCCCGAUGGAUGAUCCUCGUUUCUACUCUGGCGCGACGACUCACGGAGGUUAUGCUCCUCCUCCACCGCACCCGGGCUACCAAAACACAGUAACGCUGGAGCAGCAGAUAUCCACCUACAUGGAUUCGCUUCACAUCCACGUUGACGGCACAGCCAACAAACUUGCCCGGUCAUUCGAAAACAACAGCAACUGGUCAACGGAUCAAAUCCUGAGGCACACAGGGCAUCUGUCGGAUCUCAUGCGCAAGCUCAAUGCCCGAGUGAUGAGCGACACUGAAGUGACGAGAGAGCUGCAGCGGGUCAUGAUGGAGGUAAAGAUUCAAGUCGGUGCUAUACAGCGUGAGCAGCACCAGAUGGAAGACAGGAUGACACAGCUCUUCCAGAGUGAGUACAACAAACUGAAGGGCGAGAUUAACGUGUUGGCCUCGACUGUAAGGUCCACUCUCCCCUACAACCCAGCACAGGAUGCAAGAUCCAUGAAUACCAGGUUGCAGGGGAGCCGAGAUGUCAUCAGAUGGAGUAAAGACAACGAAAGGCCACAACAGUUCAGGAAGAUGAAGUCACGUCAGAUGAGGAAAGGAGAUGUGGUGACAAAGAACACGGACAGCAGAGGUGGGGAAGAACACAACUGUGAAUCUGUCGCACUGAACAAACACGCCGAGGAACACAUGCUUACUGAUGAUGUUCCAACACCUAUGGCAGCCUUUCCCACUCCAAGUUUCCAUGGCGAUGACAGGAAAGAUCACUUCACUGAGCCUCACUCCAGAAGACCCAUUCUGAAAGACCCGAGCACAGGAUCCACGGGGAGUCCAGAACCUCUGCACAGCAGCUCCGCUAAAGGCAAAGGAAGAACUGCUAGCAGUCAAACUCUUGUUCACAAAGCAAGCGCUGAAAUCAUGAAGUUUCCAGCUAAGAUGGGCCUUUUCUAUCCUUUCCGCCGUGGCCGUGAUCGGCGUAGCAGCGAAAGCAAAAUCGCAAGCCGCUCUUUGCCUCCUACCAAGCGCAGCAAAGGUGAUAAAACUUUUGAAGGGCCAGAGUCCAUGAAGCAAGAACCACUUCCAUUUACACCCGCCAUGCAAGCAAGCGCUAUUUCUACUACUGGGGCAGAGCAUCGCCAGGUGGAGAUUAGCCCCAGCAGAGUUCAUCCCGCUCUGCGCAAUCUUGCUCAGCAACAGAUCAUGGCAGAACGUGAGCGCCUCGAUACUCAGGACAACAUGACAGCCCGGCAGCUCCUACGGUCCUCCCAAUCCUUUCAGGAUCUAAAUUCUCGUUCCAGAAAUGCUGCAUCGUUUGAUUGGAUUGAUAGCUCAAUCGAAAGUCCUUCGGAGUCCACAAGUCGCAGUCAGAACCAGCAGGAUCUCGCUAUGGGAUUCCCUGCUCUUUCAACAGCCCCGCUCCGCUCGUCUUCUAGAGCAGAUUCACCAUUAACAGCUUUCGCUGAAGCACGGAUGUCUCAGGCUUCAAAUGUUUCUUUUGGUUACCGUGGCCCGACCCCUCCUCCCAGAGAGUCUGAAGCGAGCGAGUCGAGCCUACCAACCUGGUAUCAGGCAGCCUACGCAUACAAGCCCAUCGAAAAGCCAGAGGACGAUUGA